UACCAGCACAUGAUUAUUCUAGUUAUAUAUAGACGUAAGCAGGCAGUUUUGCCAUCACCUUCAAUCGUAAGUCCAUUUUUGAUUCUUUUCUUCUUCUUCUUCUUCCAAUUGAUAUUACAAUUCCAUACGCAGAGCAAGUACUUUUCUUCUUCCUUUUCAUACAAGGGGAAGUUGAAGAGACUCACUUUCAUUUCUCAGUUAGCCAAACACCUCUCACUCACCAAAAAGAUAAAGUAAACAGACCUAGUUUUUUUUUCCAUAAACUAAUAAAAUGGCGUCUUUGCUCUGCAACUCAAUCAACCCAUCAACAGCAACACCAAUGUUUUCAAGAACCCACUUCCCACUUCCCAUCUCCAAGUGCUUCUUUCUUGAAUCACCGCCGUGUUCGCAGCAUGGCUUCCAUUUAACAAGCAAAACGUGCCAUCAGAAGAAGCGGCUGGUGCAGGCGAAAGCCGCAGUGACGGAGACGAAGGAGAGUAGCGGUAGGAUUGAAGAGAGCCAGUGCGAGGAGAAGAAGAAGCUGACGAUAUUGGUUGCCGGCGGAGGGAUUGGGGGCCUGGUUUUUGCUUUGGCGGCUAAGAGGAAGGGAUUUGAGGUGUUGGUGUUUGAGAAGGACCUGAGUGCUGUCAGAGGAGAGGGGCAAUAUAGGGGUCCUAUUCAGAUACAGAGCAAUGCGCUGGCUGCAUUGGAAGCCAUUGAUUUGGAUGUUGCAGAGGAAGUUAUGGCUGCUGGGUGUAUUACUGGUGAUCGGAUUAAUGGCCUUGUUGAUGGGGUUUCUGGUUCUUGGUACGUCAAGUUUGAUACAUUCACUCCUGCAGUGGAUCGAGGGCUUCCAGUCACACGAGUUAUUAGUCGAAUGACUUUGCAGCAAAUUCUAGCUCGUGGACUUGGGGAAGAUUUUAUCAUGAACGAGAGUAAUGUUGUUGAUUUUGAGGAUGAUGGAAAUAAGGUUACGGUGAUUCUUGAGAAUGGAAAGCGCUAUGAAGGUGACCUUCUAGUUGGAGCUGAUGGAAUACGGUCGAAGGUGAGAAAGAACUUAUUUGGACCGAAGGAAGCCACAUAUUCAGGUUACACCUGUUACACUGGCAUUGCAGAUUUUGUACCUGCCGAUAUUGAUUCUGUUGGGUACCGAGUAUUCUUGGGCCACAAACAAUACUUUGUUUCUUCAGAUGUGGGUGCAGGAAAGAUGCAAUGGUAUGCAUUUCACAAUGAACCGGCUGGUGGAGUGGAUGGUCCCCGUGGUAAAAAGGAAAGGUUGCUAAAAAUUUUUGAGGGUUGGUGUGACAAUGUGAUAGAUUUGUUACGUGCCACAGAUGAAGAUGCAAUCCUCCGACGUGACAUUUAUGAUCUAACACCAACCUUAACUUGGGGAAAAGGCCGUGUGACAUUGCUUGGUGAUUCUAUCCAUGCCAUGCAGCCAAAUAUGGGUCAAGGUGGAUGCAUGGCUAUCGAGGAUAGUUAUCAGCUUGCAUGGGAACUUGAGAAAGCAUGGAAACAAAAUGUCGAGUCAGGAAAUCCUGUUGAUGUUGUUUCUUGUCUAAAAAGCUAUGAAAGAUCCAGGAGACUGCGAGUUGCCAUUAUCCAUGGAAUGGCAAGAAUGGCUGCUAUUAUGGCUUCAACUUACAAGGCUUACUUGGGUGUAGGGCUUGGUCCGUUAUCGUUCUUGACAAAGUUUCGGAUACCACAUCCAGGAAGAGUUGGUGGGAGAUUCUUUAUUGACAUAGCUAUGCCCUUGAUGCUCAGUUGGGUUUUAGGAGGUAACAGCUCGAAUCUCGAAGGGAGGUCUGUGUGUUGCAGACUCACAGAUAAGGCUAGUGACCAAUUACCUAGGUGGUUUGAAGAUGAUGAUGCACUUGAGCGAGCCAUAAGUGGAGAGUGGUUCUUACUACCAUUAGGAAAUGACAAUGUUGUUUCUACAGCAAUUUGUUUGAAUAGGGAUGAGAAUAGAUCUUGUAUAGUUGGGAGUGAAUCAAAGGAGGAUUUUCCUGGAACUUGUAUUGUGAUUCCUUCACCUCAGGUUUCCAAAAGCCAUGCUUGUAUCAGCUAUAAAGACGGUGCCUUCUUCCUCAUUGAUUUACAAAGUGAACACGGAACCUAUAUCACCAAUAACGAGGGAAGGAGGUACCAGGUGUCUCCUAAUUUUCCUACUCGAUUCCGGCCAUCUGAUACUAUCGAGUUUGGCUCUGAUAAGAAGGCCGUCUUUCGCGUUAAGGUGAUGAGAACCACUCCAAAAGGUGCAGAGGAGGAGAAGAGACACGGUGGAAUACUUCAGGAAGUGUAAAAAAAAGAACUGAUUUUAUCGUUUUUGGAGGAACACGGAAAUUUGUACAGCAAUUAUUUGGAGCAGCAAAGUAAUUUAGGCUGCAACUUGUACAAUAUGUAUGACAAUAACAGUGAGAUGAUAACACAAGAAAUGCAUUUUGUACGAGUCAGAAAACCUGGAUUUGAAGAGGACAAGAGAAGAUAAUGGGUAUAUAUAAUGCCUUUCAGUGCUACGUACGUACACACACACAUACAUAUGUGUAUAUAAUGAAACUUGUUGAUGGGUUAUAAAGCUUUUGAAAUGGUGGAAGUUUGUCAUUGA